ACGCGAAAAAGCUCUUAAUGGGGAGCUUCGAUCUUAAAUCUUCAAUGAUUAUUUUCUUGAAAGACCACCACUCAGGAAGCCCCCUUGGGCGCCAAAAGGAAUACGCCUUGCUUGAUUCGAUGUCAAUGACAAACUAUUUCACCAUAAAAGCGCCUGUCGUCAACUGACAACCACACCAAGAUGCCGCGCGCGAAAAGAUCCAAGCAGUAUAAGAGGCUCAUGAACCAAUAUGAGAUAAAUUUUGGUUUUCGUGAGCCUUACCAAGUCCUCUGCGACAGCCAAUUCCUCGAGGCGGCUAUCCGUAGUAAGAUGGACAUUGAUCACAUACUAAAGGCGACUCUACACGGCAACACGAAACUUCUAAUAACUCAAUGUUCGAUGAGAUGGUUGUACGCCAGGAAAAACGAACCUGGCAUAGGAGCUGUUAUCGACUUCGCAAAGGAGAGAGUGGAACGACGACGAUGUGGACACCAUCCCUCUGAUUACCCUGAACCUCUCGACGAGCGAGAGUGUCUCCACUCCGUGAUCGACCCCAGUAAGAAUGGCGUCAAUAAGCACCGUUACGUUUGUGCGAUAAACGAUGACGAAGUUCGGUCCUCCCUGCGGAACGGUAUUCAGGUUGUGCCAUUAUUGUAUAUUCGACGGUCCGUCCUCAUCAUGGAACCAGCAUCUUCGACUACUGUAAAAGCACGUUCACGAGAUGAGAAGGCAAAGUUUACCGCGGAACUCAAAACACCAGGGGGAAAGAGGAAACGGCAGCCGGAAGAUUCGGACGACGAUGUUGAUAAAACAAAGGAAGGCGCCGAUCAGAGCAAACCUGAAAAGAAGAAGACGAAAAAGACAUAUGGUCGCAAAGAGCCAAAUCCCUUGUCGGUAAAGAAGAAAAGGGAGCAGAAAACACACCAGGCGCAGAAAGCCCCGACGAAACCAGACGAAACAGCUGAAGGCAAGGAAGUGAAGCCGGAUAAUGGUGCACAGCCAGAUACUGCUGGAGGAGGUUCAGGACGAAAGCGACGGCGCAAACACAAGUCGAAAAAUGCUAUUCAUGACAGCAAAGCAAGUGAUAAUCAGGUAGAGGCAUCGGUAGGCGAAGAAUGAUGGUCUGCGUGCUCGGUAUUUUCAGCAUUGAACUUAUGAGAAAGCAUUUGCGAGGCGUUUCCAGGAAAGACAAAAGUUCUAAAUUUUUAGACUUGAGAAGUCAAUGAUACCAUCAAUGUGAACCAUCCCACCAGGCGCCACGAGUUACACGUUCAGUGCCAUGUGACAAGAGAUUUGAAUAGACGGGUCGUGCAGCUGUUGGAUUGUUACCUCCUGGGUCUCUUAGCAUACACGACUUAGACUAACCUCUAUUUGCGACGACAAUAGUCGAUCACGCAAAUUAUCAAGGUCCAAGCACAAGAUUUCAGUGUGAGGUCACAAGCAUGCAUGAAGAAGAGCCAAAUCAACACCAUAUAUACCUCACGUUAGUCAACAAUAUGCAUGGAGACUUAAACAGAAGAGUUCCGGCGUCUCACACAUAGGAGGAUUACAGAU